CGCGGGGGAUGGGAGCAGAGGAGGAACCCGAAUCAGUGGAGCCAUUGCAGUUGCAGCUUUGGACAUUCCCUACGGUGGUGAUUCCGGUGGCUUUUUGUUAUUAUUCCUGUCGCCACGGCGUGAUUGGGCCUGGGGAAUAGAUCCGCCAAGGCGGCGCGGGGGUUAAGUUGACAGGCUCUGAAACCCGGCUCGCGGUGGCGAGUGACCCGAGCGGCCGCAAGGUGGGCUCCGGCUCGGUCUCUUCAGGACUGUCUGCAGCCCCGACGCAGCCCCUGAGCUGGAGGGAUGGAGAAUUCCUCCGCCGCGUCCGCCUCGUCCGAGGCUGGGAGCAGCCGCUCCCAGGAGAUCGAGGAGCUGGAGCGUUUCAUCGACAGCUACGUGCUCGAGUACCAGGUGCAGGGGCUGCUGGCCGACAAGACGGAGGGGGACGGCGAGAGCGAGCAGACCCAGUCCCACAUCUCCCAGUGGACAGCGGACUGCAGUGAACAUCUGGACAGCAGCUGUUCCUUUUCCCGAGGGCGAGCCCCUGCGCAGCAGAAUGGCAGCAAAGACAACUCUCUGGACAUGCUGGGCACGGAUAUCUGGGCUGCCAACACCUUUGAUUCCUUCAGUGGUGCCACCUGGGACCUGCAGCCCGAAAAGCUGGACUUCACGCAGUUUCACCGGAAGCUGAGACACACACCCAAGCCAACCCUGCCACACAUCGACCGGGAAGGGUGUGGAAAAGGGAAGCUAGAAGAGGGGGACGAGAUCAACCUGAACGACAUCGAGAAGGUCCUCCCGGCUUGGCAGGGCUACCACCCGAUGCCCCAUGAAGUAGAAAUCGCCCACACGAAGAAGUUGUUCCGGAGGAGGAGAAAUGACCGAAGACGGCAGCAGAGACCCCCGGGAGGGAACAAGCCCCAACAGCACGGCGACCACCAGCCGGGCAGUGCCAAACACAACAGGGACCACCAGAAAUCCUACCAGGGAGGCUCAGUGCCUCACCCCUCUGGGAGGCCCACGCAUCACGGCUACAGCCAGAACCGGCGCUGGCACCACACCAACAUGAAGCACCCGCCGGGCGAUAAGGGAGAGGCGGGCACCCACCGCAGUGCCAAAGAGACUGUGACCAUGGAGAGCCCCAAACUUGAGGACACCCUGGGGGACACCGGGCACGGCGGCCUCGAGCCCCCCCGCAGCCCUGAUGCCCCAGGCUCGGUGGCUUCUGAGAAGCUGCCCCCACAGCAGCCGGGGGGGCCGGAGGCUGAGACAAAGCGUAAAGACAGUAUUAUUCCCGAGCGCAUCGGGGAGCGGCCCAAAAUUACCCUGCUCCAGUCUUCCAAAGACAGGCUGCGGCGAAGGCUGAAAGAAAAGGUACCGGAUGAAGUGGCCGUGGAGACUACCAACCCUCAGCAGAACAAGAUGGACAAGUUGAUUGAGAUCCUCAAUAGCAUGCGAAACAACAGCAGCGACGUGGAUACCAAGCUCACCACCUUCAUGGAGGAGGCCCAGAACUCCACCAACUCCGAGGAGAUGCUGGGCGAGAUCGUCCGGACUAUCUACCAGAAGGCCGUGUCUGACCGCAGCUUCGCCUUCACGGCCGCCAAGCUCUGUGACAAGAUGGCACUCUUCAUGGUGGAGGGGACCAAGUUCCGGAGCCUGCUCCUCAACAUGCUUCAGAAGGACUUCACGGUGCGGGAGGAGCUGCAGCAGCAGGACGUGGAGCGCUGGCUUGGCUUCAUCACCUUCCUGUGCGAGGUGUUCGGCACCAUGCGCAGCAGCACGGGCGAGCCCUUCCGCGUGCUCGUCUGCCCCAUCUACACCUGCCUCAGGGAGCUCCUGCAAUCUCAGGACGUGAAGGAAGACGCCGUCCUGUGCUGCUCGAUGGAGCUGCAGAGCACAGGCCGGCUGCUGGAGGAACAGCUGCCCGAGAUGAUGACCGAGCUCCUGGCCAGUGCCCGCGACAAGAUGCUGUGCCCCUCAGAGUCCAUGCUGACCCGGUCGCUGCUUCUGGAGGUCAUCGAGCUCCAUGCCAACAGCUGGAACCCUCUGACGCCCCCCAUCACGCAGUACUACAACAGAACCAUCCAGAAACUGACAGCCUGACAGCCAGGGGGCCUGGCGGGCGGCCCGCGGGCAGCUGGGGCCCUGGUACACAGGGCCAGAUGGACAGGCGGGAGGACAGGGGUGGCCCUGGCGGGAGAAAGAAAUGGGGAGGAAAGCAGGCAGAGCCUGCGGCCAGUCUGGAGCCAGACCGGGAAGGAGGAGCGCCCCUCAUCUGAGCCCCCCCAGCCCCAAGCAUGCGGCAGUUCACACCAAUAAGGGAAGCAUGUUUCUUUCUCAUGGUGGCCCCCGGUUGCCCCUCCCCGCUCCGCUCCUCCCCGCCCCCUCCCAUCAAACGCGUCCCCCCGCAGGGCUUUGUGCGAGGGGUUUCAUCUCUGUGACUCCUCCAGCAGCUCGGCACGCCGGGGUACCGCUUGGGUCAGAAAGGACCUCAGAAGGCUGAAAAAGUGGGUCGGAGACGGGCUUGCAUUGUUCCUGCUGUCAGCCGCAGUCGCCAACUGGCAGCAGGCGACAGAGAGCAGAUGUCCGGGAGGACAAAGGCGGGCAGGGUCCCCACCAGCCGCCCGUAAUUGACGGCCUUUGUCCGCCACGGUCGCGCUGGGGGACGGAGCUUCUCCUGCAACCUUCACGCUGAACCCUCCCCACUUCCAGGUCCUCCUCCUUUUGGCCCCCCAAGCCUCAGGGGUUUAGGGGGGUGAGGAGAGAGGGGGAGCCGGAGUUGGCGAUUCUACUUGGACUCUUAUGUUUUAUUGUUUUAUUUUCUAAAGUCAGCUGCUUUGAA